CACGAGUUUGUGCUUUUCCUUUCUAUAGCAACUGCUUUGUGUUGUCGUGGUUCAGUUUCCAUGGACUCAUUGCGUUUUACAUCUUCUCCUAUUGUCGCUUCAGUCACAAAUGGUGGAAAUGAUCUCUGGCGGAGUAAGCAUUCCAUCAAGAAUAUUUACUAUCCAAGUUCUUAUCCGUCGAAAAUAUCACAACACCAAAGAAAAUAUCAAAAGAAUAAUUAUCUGAGGUUCCAACAACCAAUUUUGAACCAUAAUUACAAAUGCAUUUUGGAAGGGUCUACAUAUCAAGAAGGCAAUGAAAAAUAUGUUGCGAAAGUAACAUCUAGAUCAUAUUUUGAUUCUGAACCUCAUGCUUCUUCUCCCAAAAAUAUUUUGCACUUUGUCAAAGAAUUCUUGGCUGCUGUCUUCAUGUUUACAAGUCCAUAUGCAAUGACUACCCAGACAUUAGGCAUCAUUUCUGCAUCUCUUCUUGCUGUGGAGAAAUUAUCGGAUAUAUCUCCAUUAUUUUUUAUUGGCGUGUUACAGGUAGCAGUACCUCACUUGUUUAUGGGUAUUUUUGUUGCUGGUAUGAAUCAAUUGACUGAUCUUGAAAUAGACAAGAUAAACAAACCAUACCUUCCAUUGGCAUCUGGACAAAUAUCUUUUACAACUGGUGUCAUCAUUGCUGCAUCAUGUUUAACUUUGAGUUUGUUGCUUGGCUGGGUUAUAGGUUCUUGGCCAUUGAUUUGGGGUCUUCUAUUGUGUUGUUUCCUAUGGAUUGCUUAUUCAAUAAAUGUGCCCUUAUUGAGAUGGAAAGGACAUCCAUUACUUGCUGCAAUGUGCAUUUUCGUUACUUGGACUAUUGUUUUUCCAAUUUCAUCUUUCCUUCACUUACAGACUUUUGUGUUCAAGAGGCCACUUACCUUUCCAAGAUCAUUGAUUUUUUCUGUGACAUUCAUGAGUUUGUACUCUAUCGGUAUAGCAUUGUGUAAGGAUAUACCUGACGUCGAAGGUGAUGCAACCUUUGGCAUUUAUUCUUUGUCAGCACGUUUUGGUCAAAAACGAGUAUUCCAAAUUUGUAUGACCCUUUUUAAAAUGGCCUUUGGAGUUGCCCUUCUUGCAGGAACAACUUCUCCUUUUGUUUGGACUAAAAUUGUCACGGGUUUGGGACAUGCUAUUCUUGCUUCAAUUCUCUGGUACCAAGCUAAAUCUAUAGAUUUGAAAAGCAAAUCCUCCAUAGCAGCCUUCUAUUUUUUUACCUGGAAGCUAUUGUGUGCAGAGUACUUCCUGAUGCCCUUAGUUAGAUAAGGAUGAUGCGACAUAGUUGCCUUGGGAAUUAGUUUUAUUUAACAAUUAAUAUUGUCUUUGUUAUAGGUCAAUUUUAAGUCUGUAUAUUAGUUUUAAGUAUUUAAUUAUAUUUUUGAAUAAAUAAUUAUUUCUCUUGAAGAUGAAAAGUUGAUAUCAUGCACUUAAAGUAUGACAUGAAAAUGUGAGAAAUUAUAAUCAAUACAUGACAUAUUUACUAUUCAAUUUUACA